UUAGGCACGCAGGAGAGGGUGCUACGCUGCGAGCUGCUAAGGCGCGCAGGAGGGGCUGCUGCGCUGGUUUGGCACAUAGGAGAGGCUUCUAGGCUAGUUGGACUCGCAAGAGAGGUUGCUGCUGGGCGCAAGAUAUGCUGCUGCUCUAGCUGGGCACGCAGGAAUGACAUUGAUGGAGUAGCGCCCAUGGCACUGGGCGCAGCUAGAGGGGGGCCCAUGGUGUUGGGCACUACUGGAUGGGCAUCUAUGGCGUUGGGCACAGCUGGAGGGGCGUCUAUGACACUGGGCACUUCUCAAGGGGCGACCAUGGCAUUGGGCGCUGGUGGAGGGGCGCAAAUGGCAAUAGGGAGGAUGUUCCAUGCGUCGGGUGGUAGCAGUGAGGUGCCUAUGGCGGUAGACGCUACUGCGGAAGCACUUAUAUUGUAG